ACGUGUACGUCUCUACCUAUAACCCUCCUUCUUUUUGGCCGAGAGUUCUAGUAGACAUGGAGCUAAGGAGAAGAUUGGAAGGCUCUCAGCCAGUGUCGCGGCAUGUCCUCCAUUCUCCCGAGGAACCUCCCGUUCGAUCGAGGGCCGUCCUACAGCGCCGCGUGUUCCGCUCUCCGCUGGACUGCAGCGAGCGGUGGUACUGGACCGGCCUAGCUGUCGUCACGCUAGCCUCCGCCCUCACCAGGUUCUACUCCAUCACGGAGCCUCGGCACGUCGCGUGGGACGAGACUCACUUUGGGAAGCAUGCCAGCUGGUACAUUCAAGGCCAGUUCUUCUUUGAUGUCCACCCUCCCCUUGGAAAGCUCGUAAUUGCCAUAGCGGGAGUCCUGACUGGCUACAACGGUUCGUUUGAAUUCAAAGAGCCCGGGCAGAAAUACGACGACACGCCCUACAUUGGGAUGAGAGUGGUGUGUGCUCUGAUGGGGCUACUCCUGGUUCCCCUCUGUUACCUCACCGUCUGGGAGCUGGUCAAAUCCACCACUGCUGCUUUCAUUACUGGCAUGAUGCUUGUCUGUGAAACCGGGACGCUGGUUCUCUCCCAGUACAUUCUGCUGGACCCUCCACUGCUGUUCUUUAUAAUGGCCGCUACCUACUGCACUGCACGCUUCAUCAACUGCAGAGACGAGCCAUUUGAUCUGGAGUGGUGGUACUGGUUGACCCUCUCCGGGAUGUUCAUUGGAUGUUCCUUCAGUGUAAAGUGGGUGGGGCUGUUUAUCAUAGCUCUGGUUGGCCUGACAACCGUCAAGGACCUCUGGGACCUGAUGGGAGACCUCAGACUCUCAGUGGCUCAGAUACAGAAGCACUUCCUGGCGCGAGCAGUCUGCCUCAUAAUAUGGCCAAUUCUCCUCUAUUUCUCCGUCUUCUGCUUCCACUUUCUGGUCCUCAGUCACAGUGGUAAUGGUGAUGGGUUCUUUAGCUCUGAGUUCCAGUCGACACUAGUCGGAAACGAUCUCUAUGAUCAGAAAGUCCCAGAGUAUGUGGCCUAUGGGUCAGUGAUAACUCUCAAGAACAGGAGGGGAGGAGGAGGACUCCUCCACUCCCACACUCACCUCUACCCCGAGGACCUCGGCGAGUACCAGCAGCAACAGAUAACUGCCUACACACACAAGGACGACAACAACAAGUGGCUGGUCAAGAAAACCAAUUCUCACGCUCCUCUUCCAGGUGCCAACUCCUCCAUUGAAGACGUGGAGUUUAUACGGAACGGAGACCAGAUUGUUCUGGAACACGUUAUGACAAAACGCAACCUGCACGCUCACCAUCAGAAGGCCCCCAUGACACCUACUCACUAUCAGGUGACAGGGUAUGGAGAGAAUGGAGUCGGUGAUGCAAACGAUAUAUGGGUGGUCGAAAUACUUGGUAGCAGCGGGAGUGGUAACCAUGGUGACCAGGUUCGAACUGUGACCUCUGUGUUGAAGCUGCGUCACUUGAACCUCGGCUGCUAUCUUCACUCCCACAGCACCCAGCUUCCCAAAUGGGGCUGGGAGCAGCUGGAGGUGACAUGCAAUCCUCAGGCAAGCGACCGAAACAACCUGUGGAAUGUGGAGGGAAACGUUCACGACCUCUUACCCCACGUCUCGUUUGAGUUCUACAAACCGUCCAUCUUCUCCAAGUUUCUAGAGUCCCAUCUCGUGAUGGCCGAGUCUAACAACAAUAUGAAACCAAAGGAAGGAGAAAUUACAUCAAAGCCGUGGCACUGGCCAAUCAAUUUGCAGGGACAGGUGUUUUCAGGUGGGGACCACCGAGUCUAUCUCCUUGGAAACCCGAUCAUCUUCUGGGGGUGUGGUCUUCUGAAGAUACUCUUCGUUGUCGUGGUGAUGCUGAAACUGUUUGCCAGACAGAGAGGAUAUCUGCAGAGGAUGAGAAAUGAAAUUCAAGCUGAGUUGGAUGUCUUUACGUCUAAUGGUCUGUGGUUGCUGGUUGGCUGGGCCCUCCACUAUCUUCCGUUCUACCUCAUGGGACGUGUCCUCUACUUCCACCACUACUUCCCUGCCCUCAUGUUCAGCAUCAUGCUGGCAGGGGUGACUAUUGAGUACAGUAUCAGACUACUGACAGCUCUACUACACCCGGCUUUGAAGCCACUCUUCUACCACACAUCUGUGGCAGUGGUGCUCUUCAUUACUGUUGUCAGUUUCUUGUUCUUCAUGCCACUGGCAUACGGAAUGUCUGGACCAAAAUCCGACAACCCAGAAAGCUCAAUGUAUGGUCUCAAGUGGCUACCAGACUGGGACAUUUUAGCUAUAGUAUAGAUUCAAAAUUCUCUGUGUGCCUGAUUAUCGCUCGACAACUUAGCGCAUGCGCUAAAUCACACCAUUUCCGGUGUCCGCGGAAACGCCCGCGCCGAAGGUGGUAUAAAUUCUGCUCGCCCGAUCAGACUGCAGCUUCAGCGACUGUUUGACACUGAGAUAGCCUUGAAAAACUGAUCUAAACUGAAGGAAUCAUGGGAGGUAAAGACACGCCACCCCCGUGCGUAUCUGGAAGCCCGAUGCAGGGCCGCGGUUACCUCGCCGAGAAGACGCGCUCCUUUUCCAUGUCUUCAGCCGCUUCCAGCUCCUCUUCCCUGUCUUCAUCGUCCACGGCGACCUCCGCUUCCCAGGUGUCGCCCAUCCGCUACGUUCCCCGGUGCAGAACCCGCGUCAACCUUCAACUGCAGUGCCCGUCGCCAUCCGUCACCCGCGUGGACCGCGUCGGAACGACGAUCGCUCCAGGAAGCAGCGACUCCCUGGAUUCCAAGGACGCUGCAGCCUUCUCGCCCAUCCGUGCCUACAUCGACUGUCUGACCCCGCAGACGAUCAAGUGCGCCAUCGUGGGAGACAGCGGCGUGGGGAAGACGAGCAUGCUCAUGAGCUACGUUGUGGACAAGUUUCCUGAGGCGCACUUGCCCACCAUCUACGACAAGUUUUCCAGUUCUAUCACAGUCAAUGGAAGAAGAAUAGCAGUCACACUCUGCGAUACUGCUGGGCAGGACGACUUUGCCCACAUCAGACCUCUCUGCUACCCGCAAGUCGACGUCGCCCUCAUCUGUUACUCGGUGGUCGACACCACGUCGUACGACAACGUCAAGUCAAAAUGGGUCCGCGAGGUCCACAGACACUGCCCCGGAGUCCCCAUCAUCCUAGUGGGCACUCAGACAGACAGAAGAACCGACACCACAGAGAUCAAGAGGUUAAAAUCGCAGGGAAGGAGACCUUUUACAAAGGCCGACGGGAACAAGCUGGCGUCACAGUGCAAGGCGACGUGCUACCUCGAGUGCUCGGCACGGACGCAGCAAAACGUGAAGCACACUUUUGACGAGGCAAUUGCGGCCGGUCUCGAACUGGGCAGUGGGGGCUCGAAGCACACCCCACAAUGUGCCGGCUGCACGAUUCUGUAGUCAUGUUGUGUGUCCUCCUGUUUGCAUCGUGUGUGUGUGUGUGUGUGUCCAGCUCUUCAAACUCAUCACAGGCUCUCUAAAGCACUGUUCUAUACACCCUAUUGUGCACCCUUCAUUAUAUAGCACACUUCACUCAUCCAUCACGUUAUCUUGUAUGCACUGCUCUGCAGCUCAUGAAAGAACUAUCAAACAUUGAUUGAAAAA